AUGAAUAUGCGACAUAAUUGCUGCAAAUAUUGGGCGGAGGAAAAGCGGAAAGCUCAGAAGAAGGACAAAAGGGAAAAGAAAAAGGGCGACGAGGAAGCCAAGUUUCCCUGCGAAGAAACUAACCCGAGGGUCGAGAAAAGAUCGAAAUGCAAGAAACGCAAGAAGAAAUGGAAUAAAAAAUGUUCGGACGAUGUUACGAUAGAUACAGAUCACAUAAUCCCUAGAAUUGUACCUCCUGUAGAUGUCAGAACAAAGUACAUGUAUCCGCGUCAUGUCAAUUGCUGUUUGGAACAGACGGAAGAGCCUUGCGAAGAGAAAAUAAAGAAGAAGAAACCUUGUGCUAAAGAGAGGACUGUGAAACAUAAGAAAAUAAAGCGAACCAAGAAUCAGGGCAAGGCUGGAAGUUCCGGAAAGGCUAAAGAUCAGACGCAAGAAAAACAGGCAGAAAGUGGUGAAGGGCCAGACGUUUCAAAAGAGAUCGAAGGAAAUGUGGAACAGGAUGAAGAAAUUAAAAACUCGGAGAAAAAACAGAUUAAACGCAGGAAACCGAAUUUCUGGUGUAACAAGGUGAUCAAGAAGAAGAAACAGGAAGGCGCGGUAGAAGAAAAAUACAAGGACGAAACAUGCGCGUCGAUUUGCUCUUUCGACAGUGAAAUAUGUCUUGCAGGUUUAACCCUAACGAAGAAAGAAAUGAAAAAAAUUGAAGAAAACCGCCAUCGCGUUCGUCCUCAUCUAGAAACUGGAAAAAAGGGAACUGAUAAUCUGGAAAGUGCUGAGGAAUCAGGCGAUAAAGUUGCUUUGGAAACUGAAGAGGAAAAGGAUGAACUCAAAAAAGCUGACGAUGAAAAUGCGUAAUUGAUAAGAAGAAAAUCAAAGCAGGCUACAGAAAUCGUUUUAAAUAAUAAUGGAUGUGGAAUACUUUAAGGAAAGAAGCAAUCAAAUAAAACGAAAUUGAGUAAUUACAAAGACGGAAUUUAAAGACAAUAAAUACGAAGGCACAAAUAAACUAGGAGAUAUAGGAAACGUGUGACUAAGCCAACAUGAAGACCAAAAUGACGCCCAAGCAACGUGAAACGCAACCGCAAAGAAUUCUUUUUCAUAAAAAUAUUUCAACAAUAAGGAAAAUGGUACUUAUAAAGUCAUAAGGAAAUAAUCAGAAAAUGUAUUUAACGAAGAGUUAAUAAUAGAGAUAAAUAUCAAAAUAAAUGCCGCAUCACUGUGUCUACGAUAGACUGAAGGUUUUCUUAUGGAAAGAGUGAAAGAGAAAACAAAGAAAAGCAGUAAUGACAAAUCUAAAAGAAUCAGAAGUAUUUAAUAAUCCGAGCAGAACCGAAGUCGAGGAAUAGACUGCAAAUAUCCAUGAAACCACCAAAAAAACGAGAUCAAUCUGACCACCAACGCGGAAUCCUGCAACGUAGGAAGCCGAUGACGACGCCGCCGUAUAAUAAGACAAAAUGGACAUCGGAAAUUUCGGCAAUUCGGGAGAAAGGAAGGAUAGCGGGGAAAAAAACGGCGAAGAAGUUGAUGUCGACUAAUCGUUGACCUUACUGCGGAGAAGAGAGAGAUGGGGGACAUAAAACUGCUAAUUACAUCGAUCCAAAGCCGCAUUACUCGGUGACGUCGCAGUCCGUUCCGCGGAACCGAGCUUCUAGAUUGCUUUUUUUUCGAAAUCCUCCCAUCGCAAGUAC